AUGGCGAGCGGCAAUGAUGGCGAGAACAGGGUUACCAACCAGUCUGCUUUCGGCACACCUGAUUCUGAGUCGCAUCACGGCGAGAACGGCGUCGCAGGCGAGAAUGGCGUCGCAGGGAAGAACGGCGUCGCAGGCGACGAUGGCGUCGCGGGUUUGCCCGCCUACAUGAAGACCAUGCAGCUGUACACUGCUCUGCAAAGCCACGGAACGGUGAGCGUCGGCGACGAUGGCGUGGCAGAUCUGCCGGCCUACAUGAAGACCAUGCAGCUCUACACGGCUCUUCCGCAAAACGUAAGAAACGGUGUCACUGCAACUGCCGCUGCCGGCACGUGGGACAGGUAUGCUGUGAGGGCUUCUGCUGCCGUGCUAUGCACACCUGUGCUCGAAACCUGGGGUGGUGGCAGCGCUGGCACUGAUGGCAACGCUGCUGCUGAUCCUGCUCCUGCUGCUGCGGUUGCGGGUACCAGCAACAGUGGUGCAGUGCGCAACGGGACUACAGGGGAAUGGCAUGGGGUUGAAGCGAACGGGGUCAAUACAGCAACAACAACCCAUCAUUCCGAACAACAGCAACACGAGCAUGGCAGUGGGCAUGAGCAGGGGUCAACAGAGGGCGCCGUAUCCUCCCUACCAAGGCGCAUGAUGCUUCCAAUGGACGCCAGUGGCGGGCCGUCAUCUGUUCUUCUGCUUGUCAUCCCUCCUCAACGCGGCAUCCGCAGCACAUGUGUGAAUGGAGCAUCCCACCCCAUGCCAUCCACCCAUACUACCGCCACCAAAGGAGCCAAUUUACAACAACGUCCACUAGCCAAUGGCUUUGUGCCACAUGUCUCCAAAGCUCCCUCGGGAGCCAAUGGCGUGUCGCCAUCUGGUGACGAACCUGCCUUCUCAGCCAUGUUUGGACAUGGUGCAUCCGAGCCUAGAAUCGUCUUCUGGGGCCAUUUGUCCACCGAACCUAUUGCCGCCGAAACUGUCUCUGCCGAGCCUGUCUCUGCCGGACCUGCUUCUGCCGAACCUACUCUGGCGAGCCAGUUGCCGAACCACCAAGAUCGACCAGCGCACUCAACACGCAGCACGUCGCAGCAACCCGCUCUCUUUCUGCAGCCUCUGCCACACGCCGACCAGACAGGCCAGGAGAUGAGCGAGCGCCUGUUUGUGGAUGUGCGGCCAUCGCCCUGCCAGCACUGCCAGCAGCGGGGAGUGUUCCUGCAAGGCAGACCCAGUGGCGGCGGCACGGUGCUCUUCCACUUCUGGUUCGGUCACGGCCAGCACUAUUCGCAAGCCGUGCGUCGCUUCCGAGUCAACUCUCAGAUAUCAUCCUCCCCCUCCCCUCCCUCUCAGCCCAGUGGCAGCAGCACGGUGCUCUUCCACUUCUGGUUCGGUCACGGCCAGCGCAAGUCGCAAGCCGUUCGUCGCUUCCGCUGCCCCAUCUGCCGCACCGCAUGCGGCACUGUCAAGGUGUGUCUCCGCCUCUACCGUUUGUGA